GGAGAACGGUAUUGUAAAGUAACUUUUCUGCUGGGCUCAGGAGUUUUUACAUGUUCAAUUGGUACAACUGUAAUGAAGACUAUUCUACAAACGGUCACACCUACCCAGACUAACUGGAAAACAAUAGUUGAUAACUGGAAUUAAAUAGUUGCUGUUCUUCAAUUAAUGAGAUUGGGUUUCUUGAAAAGCUAUAGCGUAGGAACUCUGUCCUGGGCCAUAUCUGCUUUUUAAAGCCCCCCCUCAGAACCGCUCUCCCUUCAGCCUUGGUGGCUUCCCGGAUACACCCUCUGGAGGCUUCCCUGGUCUCCACCCUGGACGUCAGCCUCUGCACCUAGAGGCCGGCUUAGAGGGAAGACGGGCAGAGGCGGGGGAGACAGGAGAGAGAAAUAAAUGGUCAAUUCCUCCUUAACUCCGGGCCCCCUCGCGGGCCUCACCCCUCCUCCCGGGGGCUGAGAUUGGAGAGGAAGUGGGAAGGCUCCAAUCUGUUCCUCACUCCAGCGCCCUCAUGCCCCCACCCUUCUCCUCAGCUCGGGGCUUCGGCGCGCCUCGUUCCCGCCCCUCGCCCCGGGAGAGGAGCGGGCGGCGUGGGAGGGCUCGCGGAGAAAGGCCCAGGGGAUCGGAUGACCUCCGCCCGGCAGCCACAUCCUCAGCUGCAGAGACCCGAAGCCGUCCGCCCUCGGGCGAGCCAGGCCCGAGGGCAGCCCCGGAGACCGCGGUGGCCGGAUGCGCGGGCGCGUCACUUCCGGGCGGUGCAGCGGCGGCGGCUUGGAAGAUGGCUGCGCCCUGUGGCUCGGAGCUGCCCGCCAACUCGCCGCUAAAAAUCCCGAAGAUGGAGGUGCUCUCCCCGGCUUCUCCUGGUGGCCUGAGCGACGGAAAUCCAUCGCUGUCCGACCCUUCCACGCCUCGGGGUGCCUCCCCGCUCGGGCCGGGCAGUGCGGCGGGCUCGGGGGCAGCGGCGUCCGGGGGUCUUGGGCUGGGGCUGGGGGGCCGCAGCGCCGCCUCGUCCUCGGUCUCCUUCUCCCCUGGUGGCGGCGGUGGCGGGGCUGCGGCAGCCGCCGCCGCCGCCUGCCGGGGCAUGUCGUGGACGCCAGCCGAGACGAACGCGCUCAUCGCAGUGUGGGGCAACGAGCGGCUGGUGGAGGCGCGGUACCAGCAGCUGGAGGGAGCCGGCACGGUGUUCGGCAGCAAGGCCCCCGGGCCAGCCAUGUACGAGCGCGUGUCCCGGGCCCUGGCCGAGCUGGGCUACGAGCGGACCCCGUCCCAGUGCCGGGAGCGCAUCAAGCUGGUUCGAUGCCCAGAACUGAAUGCUGUGCUCCAGCUGUGGCCUCACCGGUGCUGAAUAGAGAGGAAGAGCCACCUUCAUAGCUUACAUGUGAUUCCUCUGCUUAUACAACCCAAUACUGGAUUUACUUACUUUGGCAAGAUAGCUGCAUUGUGCACUGUAUUUAAUGUUACGUGUACUGUAACCCUGGGUCUUUCUCUGCAUUGCUGCCGUUAAACCCCCAAUCCUGCCAAUCUAAAACUCCUGCCUUUGUUUACCUUCCCCCUCCCCCAUAGACUCCCCAUACAUUCAUCCACAAUGAAUGUCAUCUUUUUAUUCUCUCAUUUCCUUUUACUGUAAUCUUAAACUUUGGCAAAACUUUCACUCUGUCCUAUAAAUUGUCAGUUGUCAGCCAUCUUAUUUUUCUUCCUGCUUUGGUAAUGGGACAUCUUUCAGGUCUUUUCUCUGGUUCUUUUGCCUUUGUAGUCAUUAAGCACUUGUCAUGGUGGAUUUAAUAAGCAUUCGCUUGCCAUUUCUUCCAAAUCAAAUACCCAUGAACUCCUCUGGGUUGACCACCAAUCAAGUUGUUACCUAUGCUUUAGUUCUUCAAUCCGGGGUUUCUUGGUUCCUGACCUGUAUCCCUACGUCUUCAAUCAGGAUACAGUAUUCUCUCACAACUCUUCCUCCAGGGAGGAGACAAAAGCAUCAUGUCAGUUUACUGGGGAGCUUUCCAAUAGUAAGGAAAAUUAUAAUCCUUAAUUGUAAAGGGAAUAGUUUUUAAUAAUUUUAAGCAAAUUUCUGCCCCCACCCCAGACCUUAAUUUUUAGAAACUAUUAAGCUUAAUUUAUUACAGAUUUCUAGGAUGAGUAAAGUAAAGGAAAAAGGAAGGGAAGCAAGAUUUUUGUGUUGAAUAAGACAUGGUUCUCCAAAAAAGCCAUAUCGAGGUUAUUGUUGGAUUUGAGAGCUGUCUGAAAUGGGAACUGGGGCUUUGUUUUUCUGAGCAUUAUUGUAAUCUCAGCUCUAGAGUAGAUUUUUAAGUUGGUUUAUGCAGGACUGUUAACACACAGUCUUAAUUACAUGCUUUGGCUAAUUUAGAGUGUGGAAAGUGUAACCUAUUUUGCUUUAUUAUGAGUGAUAAUUGGAAGUUCUCCAUGGUUCCUUUUUAUUCAUCUCUAAACUCCCUCAAGUUUAACUACAUCCCAUUGUUUGUUACAAUAGCAGUCAAGCCGAAGUUUAAGUUCUUAUUCUCUUUUUCUUAAUUGAUGUGUUCUAUUUAAACAGCGUCUCCUUGGAUCUGUGGUCUUUACUGAACCCAGAAGUUACCUCUUAAGUGCAUUUAUAUCUUGAGAGAGUUAAAAUUAGUUGUGAAAUCUUUUUUAACAUGAUUUCAAUACAUCAAAUUCCUAUCAUGGAUUUAGAAGCUACCUAACAUCUUUCCUUCAGGCCCUGAUAGAUAUUUUACAUGCUAGCAUAUUGCACUAUUCAAGUGUAUUACAAAAGUACACUACAAACUAAGAGGUGGCAAUAUCUGUUAGUGUCUUUGAUAAAUUAUAAAAUGUAUCACGUUUCUUUCAGAUGUAUGACCAUUAGAUAUUGCUAGUUUCCUUAUUCACAAUUACAUAAGCCAAGUGAAGUAUAAGCUCAAUUUGGUGGUUCCAAAGAAAGUAAGAGUCUUUUCCAUGGUGUCCUACCGUGUCUCUUGCCAGAUAUUGGUGCCUUUGCUUAUGCUUGUUUUCCUUCCUGAUAAGUAUGGUACCUUUCUUCAAAGGAAUGUUAGUUUUAUUCCCUGACUUCUGAAAUAACCCUCAGAACAGAGCCAGCUGGGCUCUUGUGUGUGCUGAAUGCUUUUCUCUGGGCAGUCAGUAAGUAGUGAGCAGUGGCAUGGUUUCCUUCUCCAUUUAUGGCCUUGGAAGGGUGAAAGGGACAUGGUUGGGACUCUCCAUUUACGGUCCUUGGAGGAGUUGAAAAGAGUGGUUGGGGUGUUCUUGGAGGCAGAAAGUAGACAUUGUGAGAUAAAAAUAAAUUGGCAAGGGAUGUUUGCAAUUCAAAUUCCAAUCCCUGCAAGGAGGGCAGAGGGCACUGGGAAAGGGGGAGUGUGUAGAAAGUCAAAUGAGCUCUGCUGCAGACAUUUGUCUCCUUCCACUGGAAGGUUUGCCCAUGACACAUUUCCCAAGUUCGUAUUUCUGGUUUGUUCUAGAAAGUUUUAUCUUAUGUAAUUGUGACUAUCUCUUACAAAGAGAAAGAAGAAACACUUUUAAAAAGAGUGUAUUGUUAGAAACCCCAGUUCUCUAAGGUAUCAUUUGAGGCUCCAGAAGCGAUCUCAAGAAAGGAAGAAUGAGGCAGGUGCUUGUCCAGGGCCUAGGCUGGCUGGCUUUAGGGUUGGAGACUCUUAAUUGUUGCUCUGUUUUUGUGUGAGGAAGAUCAUCACACAUGUCAUGCUUUUAUUAUCCUUUUACCCAUCUAGAUUUCUGGCUUCGGGGACAGAUUUUUACAGUAUCUGAAAGAGUGUCUUAUAGAUUGUCAACUGUGAUUUAAAGAUAAUGAACUUCCUGGCCGGGUGCAGUGGCUCACACCUGUAAUCCCAGCACUUUGGGAGGCCAAGGCGGGUGGAUCACUUGAGUUCAGGAGACCAGCCUGACCAACAUGGAGAAACCCUGUCUCUACUAAAAAUACAAAAUUAGCCGGGCAUGGUGGCACAUGCCUGUAAUCCCAGCUACUCAGGAGGCUGAGGCAGGAGAAUCGUUUGAACCCAGGAGGCGGAGCUUGUGGUGAGCCGAGGUCGCGCUGUUGCACUCCAACUUGGGCAACAAGAGCGAAACUCCGUCUCAAAAUAAAAAUAAAUAAAGAUACUGAACUUCCAUGGAGGUGUUAUAAAGAUUAUUAAGAGUUGUUUUAGUUCGGUGAGAAUAGUUAACAUAUUGGCUUAUGGAGAGCAAUCUCACAUUUAGGAGAAAUUUAUAGUCUGGCAGUGCCUAUAAAUUAAGUCUGAGGUGAACUUUUGCACAGUUGAGUUAGGAAGUAUUUGGUAACCACCCGGGAAAAGGGAUAUUAUUUCAAGAACAUUCUCAGUAAAAGUAAAGUAGAAGGGAGAUUAGAAGGAACAAAGGGAGACAGAGGUGGGAUAGAGACUGGAUGCAACUAAACUAAAUUUGGAAGCUGGGACUAAGCCUUUGAUUUAUCUUUUGAAAUCCCGUGUAAGAUAGCAUAAGAUGUACCAUUAAACUCAGGAAACUGGGUUAAUAAUCAGAAAUAUGUGUUAGAAAUAAAGACCAUGGGAAAAGAUGGAAGGGUUGUACAAGAUAAUAAAAUUAUUUAGGUUUUAUCUGUGGACUUGCCUAAUGAUAUUUAUUUGCUGUGUGCUACAUGGCAGAAAAAGAAGUGAAAUGACACCCCUCUGCCCUGUCCUUCCCCC